CUAGAUCUGCCGCGCCGCAUGCACGCUCGCUUGAAGUCGUCCACACUAUUGGUUUGAGAACUUUAGAAGCUGAACCUGUGGACUCACCUGAAGUCAAGGCUGAAGAGGUUGAAAAAGAACUGGUUGAAUCUCCUGUUAUCAACCCAGAUUCUGAAUCUGAGCAGGUCAACUCUGCUGCUGCAGACUCACUGACGUUGAAGAAAAGCCAACGGCAGAAAUCUUCGAGGCUACUGAAGAGAAACCUCAGGUUGAAAGUACCAAAGCUGGGGAAGAAGAAGGCAAAUCUUCUGCUGCAGACAACAUUGUUAACGAGGUUGAAGAAAAGUCUGAGGUUAGCAGUACCAAAGAGAAAGCUUCAGCUGCCUCUGAAGGACCAGUUGAACCUGUCAUUGCAGAAGUUGAAGCUGAGCCAGUUGUGACUCCCAAAGCAGAAAUCAAAACUGGCACUGACACCACGACGGCACUGUCAGGAAACUCAGCACCAAAACAGAGCGAUCCACCCAGCGUCCACCAUGGGCAACCCAACGUCCACCACGGGCCCAGACCACUCUUGUAACUGUCAGGGCCAACACAGAGCGAUCCACCCAGCGUCCACCAUGGGCAACCCAACGUCCACCACGGGCCCAGACCACUCUUGUAACUGUCAGGGCCAACACAGAGAAAUAAUGGCAACCCUGCAAGAACUGGUGGGAAAGGCACUUAAACAACAACAUCCCAAGCCCUUCCUGAGAAAGAUCAUGGAAAUCCUUCGACAAGAGCUGACAACAACUGAGGACACACCAGAUGAUUCUGAUGACUCAGAGUCAGAACCUGAUCAAACACUCGACUUGUUCCCAGAUGAAGAAGAAGUCAGCGUCGUUCCAGACACAAUCCUUGAAGAGAACUCUGUGGAUCUGGAAGACCAAGACCAAGACCUCCACCUGGUGUUGGAAGAAACUGAGCUUAAUGAACAUGUUGAUGAAACAGCAGACUACGAGGAAGGUGCAGUGCUGCAGGAGGAAACAGUGACAUUUGUUGCGGACGACACAGAAGAUGCAGAAUCUGAUGUUGUUCUCGAUUCCAUAUUAGAGGAGGCAGUUGAACAAGAAGCUGGGGAAGAGGUCGAGGAACAAGAAGCUGGGGAAGAGGUCGAGGAACAAGAAGCUGGGGAAGAGGUCGAGGAACAAGAAGCUGGGGAAGAGGUCGAGGAACAAGAAGCUGGGGAAGAGGUCGAGGAACAAGAAGCUGGGGAAGAGGUCGAGGAACAAGAAGCUGGGGAAGAGGUCGAGGAACAAGAAGCUGGGGAGGAGGUCGAGGAACAAGAAGCUGGGGAGGAGGUCGAGGAACAAGAAGCUGGGGAAGAGGUCGAGGAACAAGAAGCUGGGGAAGAGGUCGAGGAACAAGAAGCUGGGGAGGAGGUCGAGGAACAAGAAGCUGGGGAUGAGGUCGAUGGGGAAGAGGUCGAGGAACAGGAAGCUGUUCCAAAGCGGCACACAUGCAAAGAGUGUGGCUUUAGCACACGAUUCAGAUGUGCACUGGUCAAACACAUGUCGAACAUUCACACGGGGAAAAGACCGUUCACAUGUGAUUUUGAAGGAUGCAGCUAUGGUGCUACAACGAAAUACCAUAUGACUAUACACAUGAGGAUACACACAGGUGAAAGGCCUUUCAGAUGUGAGGAGUGCGACUAUACAGCAGCACAGAAGUCCACUCUAACCAGACAUAUGAGAGUCCAUUCAGGUGAAAGGCCUUUUAUCUGCGACAGAUGCGACUAUAGGGCAGCGCAGAGAAUUUCAAUCACUCGCCAUAUGAGGAUACAUGCAAUGAACAAGUAAUUGUCUCCCCACACCAUCAGUACUCAUCUAUCAGUGAAAGUUCACCGAAGACACAGGACAACGGCCAGGGAACUGUUUGACAGAUGGAAGAAGGCAACACAGAGGAAAUCUAAAACAAGGAGAUGGUUGUUCAGAACUUAUAAUGAUUGUUUAGAAGUAUUGUUUCAUUUUUAAUUGUCGAAUUGUGCUCAAGGAACCUGGAACAUAAUUAGGUCACUUGUUUUAUACUCGUUUUUAAACCUGGUCAUUCAAUAAAGAUUUCAAUAAAGAUUGAAGCUUCUGGA